AUGCCAGUCGGCGGCACUUACCAUUUUUCCAAAACCCUCGACCGCUUCCAUUUGGUCAAGGAAGAAAGCCGGAGCGAAGAAAACUUCAUAUUCGAAUUUUUAGGAUCAAAUUGGUACCAUCAAAAUGCCACUGCCCGAAAAGGAAUGCGCAUUGCCAUCGAGGAAUUUAAUAACAUCAUGGCGCCCGUAUACUUCCGGAACGAAGAGUUGGGAUCUGACGAUUUUGAGCUACUUGGCACUAGUGAUAAGGAGCUGGAAUAUGUCGUUCCGAGAGACCGCGUUUUUAUGGAACAGUUCGAUUGGGCUGCCCUGCAAUUGCCUGUUCUUGGAGCCCAAUUAUCGAUGACGUCGAAAGAAAAA